ACUGGUUAAUAGGUUCGAUUGACGACAUAUAAUUUUUUACGUUCCAAACCAUUUUCUUCAACUAUCUUUCAAACAAAGCCGCAUAUCACUUGGAAAUCAACACGGAAAAGGCCUGCUGCUUCUGCUCAUCUCUUCCAAAGUUCCAUCUAUUUCAUCUCCACAGGUGUGCUGUGGCAACUCCCCUCCCCCGGCAAUGGAUUUACCAGCAGAUAUUGUUGCCGACAUUCUAUCAAGAAUUCCCAUCAAGACAAUAGUCCAUUGCAGAGGUGUAUGCAAAAGAUGGCGCAAUAUAAUCUCAGAACCUUACUUUGUUAAUCUGCAUUUAUUGAGAUCUCCUGAAGGCCUUAUAGUUCAUCAAAUGAGCGGUACACGUGAAUCUGACAUCCUAAAACUGGGUGAACUAGACGACCAAUCUGAUCAGCACGAUAUUCACCAUGACCCUCUGAUGAAAUUUGACCUAGCACUUGGCUUCGAGUAUAGUGUGCUGUGCUUACAGGGUUCAGUUAAUGGACUGAUUUGCUUAUGGCAUUAUUCUCAAGCUGAUGCAACUUAUAUAUGCAAUCCAAUUACACGAGAGUACAUACUCCUUCCGGAUCACAAGUAUAUCAGAAAAUCAUAUGCUCUUGUAACUUAUGGCUUUGGAUUUGUUGAAGCCAGCAACCAGUACAAAGUCAUACGCUUUUAUCAAGGAAGUUUUCCUUCAGCUGAAGGCCCAUAUAGGUCUGAGUGCGAGAUUUAUACGCUUGGAACAGGCACGUGGAGAAGUUUAGGACCUGUUUCAUUUUCACUUGGUGGUCGUCAAAAUGGUAUAUUUGUCAAUGGUAACCUUCAUUGGUUAGCUUACGAUGAAAAUGACAACACUAAUGAGUGGGUUUGUACCUUUGAUUUAGAGAAAGAAUUAUUUCAACGGACUGCCUCUGCUCCUCGAGCUGGUGAGAAUUUAGCUUAUAGGAGUUUGGGAAUGCUUGGAGGGUGCUUGUCGAUUUGCGAUAACACAUCAGACUCUGACAUUGUCAUUUGGGUGAUGAAGCACUAUGGAAUGAAGGAAAGUUGGAGUAAAGAAAUCAUCAUUCCGGAUGACUCUACAGGUCUGCUGUAUGAGAUAGUUCAUACUCUAAAAGUAUUUAAAGAUGAAACUAUCCUAAUGUUAUUCCGCAAUGAUUUUUUAUUCACUUAUCAUCCUGGGAACAAAACUUUGCAAAUACUUGACAACUUUCAAAGAGGGGUCUUUGACACAUUUGACGCGAUGGUUUAUGUUCCAAGUUUUAUCACGCUCAGGAGUUUCACGUCAGAGAAGGUUUCGGUAUUUUAGUUCUUACGUUUAAUUGUUUUCCAGCCAAUUAAUGUAAAAUUUUAAGAUGAUAGUCAGUUAUCUGAUUACCAGUUCUAAAUACUUAUUAUGUUAAGUAAACUCUUAAGUUUCUAUGCUACACCAUCCUACCAGUUCCUGU